AGCUGAAGUGAUAAGGCCCGGCUUUCUUGUCACCGUCAGGGACGUCUGGCGACAUGAUGUGGCAGGUGCUUGUUUUGGUUUCAAUCUGGACUCUCACAGGGGUAAAUGCCCGAACACUGAGUGAGGACCAGGCAGAAACAUUACAUAAUCUUCAUAAACGCUCUAGUGUUUGCUAUGACGACCUUGGUUGCUACAGCACGGGAAGUCCCUUUUGGAGCAUCCAUCGGCCCCUGAACAUCCUCCCUCAGAGACCAGAGAAGAUCAACACGAGGUUCUUCCUGUAUACUAGAUCGAACACAGGUCAUUACACUCAACUCGUCGCCAAUGACUACGACAGCAUUCGGAAUUCCCACUUUGAUAGAACGAAAGACACCAAAUUCGUAUCGCACGGGUUCCUCGAAAAUGGUUUCGUCGACUGGAUGGCGAAAAUGAAGGAUGCGUUUCUGAAGGCGGACGACUUGAACGUCAUUCUGAUUGACUGGGGCGGUGGGUCUUCAUUCCCAUACACCCAGGCCACAGCUAACACACGUGUUGUUGGAGCUGAAAUUGCAAAGCUCAUCAAAAUCUUACAAAGAGUUUCCAAUGCCGAACCAACAAAGAUCCACGUCAUUGGACACAGUCUUGGCGCUCACAUUGCUGGGUACGCCGGAGAAAAGACGCCCAACCUGGGGAGAAUCACGGGUCUUGAUCCUGCUGGACCCUACUUUGCAAACACUGACAUAGCUGUCCGCUUAGAUCCUUCUGACGCAAUCUUUGUUGACGCUUUACAUACAGACUCCGAGAACUUGGUCCCAAACAUCGGAUUUGGAAUGAUGCAAGCUGUGGGUCACGUGGACUUUUAUCCGAAUGGCGGCAAAGAUCAACCCGGAUGUAACGCCGACCCAGUAACACAAAUAUUGAUACAGGGAGGAAUAUAUGACGGGACAAAGCAAUUUAUUGCAUGCAACCACUUACGAGCUUAUGAGUAUUUUACGGAAUCGAUAAACAGCCAAUGUCCAUUUGAAGGCUACAGUUGUGAUUCUUUCGACCACUUUCAGGAUGGCACAUGUCAUUUAGACUGUACUGUACCAGGCGGUUGUGGUAAAAUGGGUUACCAUGCCGACGAGUUAAAAUCUGUAAAAAGCGCUUACGGCAAAAAGUUUUUCAUGAAAACAACAUCACGAGCCCCAUAUUGUGAAUAUCACUACGCUCUCCGUGUGACUUUGGGCAAUCCAUCGGGCUCCCAUCAAUGGCGCGGUGAACUCAGGGCAAACAUACAUGGCACGAACGGGCAACUUGGUGAAAGAGUGGUCACCGACGACUAUGUCUAUUUCAACCCCGGCCAGAGCUACUCGUUUCUCAUAGCCGUGCCCCACAACAUCGGCGAGAUUCGCGACGUGUCCCUGCAUUGGGUUCAUCACGGCAUCAGUAUCAAUCCAUUCCAGUGGAACCCAUUUCAUCUCAGACACCCGGAGUUGUUUUUCCAAAGCGUUGAAGUUGUAGCCGGAGAUUCUUUUCAAAAAAUUAAAUUUUGUGGUACAGGUGGAACAGAAAGCAAUUCCCAAAGAACUCUCAGUACCAAAUGCUGACGUCACUUGGUGUAUGUGUAUUAUUCAGUAGAAAUAAACAAACCAACGUUAUUCAAA